AUGGAUGCCAAGGACGUCGCUGACACGAAAGAUAGCGUCCGUCCAUCCACCUUGGCCACGGACAAUCCGAUGUCGCCUACGUCGACACCACCAAUCGUCGACACAACCUCCGACCAGGACGAAGCGAGCAGCCAACAAGAUACAUCGCCCACGGCCCUAACCCGAACCUAUUCCAUCCCAGCACCACACUUGGCACCUAACAGCCCAACUGCCAUCAAUGAUGUUGGUGCUCCAUUUUCACGCACGGUGUCGGUUCCCGCCAGUGUUCCGCAGGAAGGGCAUCCACCGCAUUUUCCCCCUCGGCAUGUAUCGUCUCUACCUCCGCAAUAG